UCACCGAAAACUUCGAAAAGGAAGUUGAUGAGUCUAUCCGGCGGAGGCAUUGUGGAUCUCCACGUCGAUUGCGGAUUCAACUACAAAUAUUUCCCGAUUGACAGCGUCUUGAGAUUUAACCUGGUGGAGGAUCUCGUUCUCUGGAGACAAGGAUAUAGUUCACACUUGGAAGAAAGCUUAACAAAAGUGUUGAAGCCAGAGGAUAUGAUUCAUAUCGACACCAUGAUCACCAGCAUUUUAUUUUGUUUGUUUUCUAAAAGUUUCGCGAUCCUGGAACACUUUCGCAAUUUCGAGGAAACGUUUGAAAAGUCCGCCAUCAUUUCGACGAUUUUGAGAACUGUAGCAAGAAAACACGGCCCCUAUUUGGACGUCAAUUCGUGCACAUCGCUCAUGAAAAACUGGUUUUACCCUAAAAACAGUUGCAUGUGAAACUGUUCGUGUUAUUGAAAAACGAUUUUUCGAUCUCAUUCAAUUAAACAGGAAUAUUAAAUAUAACCAAUGAAGGUGAGAAAAAAAAA